GCGGGCGGGCGCAGUGGGGGCUCGUGAGGCAGCGGCUUCCGGGCCAGGGGGAGUGUGGCGAGCGGCGCGGCAGUGGGGUCCGGUGGCGGGGAUAAGAAAACAGUCGGACGUGUUUUAGAAACAAGAUCGCCAUGGCCACAGAAAUUGGCUCCCCACCCCGGUUUUUCCAUAUGCCGAGGUUCCAGCACCAGGCACCUCGGCAGCUGUUCUACAAGAGACCUGAUUUUGCACAGCAGCAGGCAAUGCAGCAGCUCACCUUUGAUGGGAAACGGAUGAGAAAAGCUGUGAACCGGAAAACCAUAGACUACAAUCCCUCUGUAAUUAAAUAUUUGGAGAAUAGAGUAUGGCAGAGAGACCAGCGAGAUAUGCGGGCAAUUCAGCCUGAUGCGGGAUAUUAUAACGAUCUGGUCCCUCCUAUAGGAAUGCUGAAUAACCCUAUGAAUGCUGUAACAACAAAAUUUGUUAGGACAUCUACCAAUAAAGUAAAAUGCCCAGUGUUUGUUGUCAGGUGGACUCCUGAAGGGAGGCGCUUGGUCACUGGGGCUUCUAGUGGAGAGUUCACCUUGUGGAAUGGAUUGACUUUCAAUUUUGAAACAAUAUUACAGGCUCACGACAGCCCUGUAAGGGCCAUGACUUGGUCACACAAUGAUAUGUGGAUGCUGACAGCAGACCACGGGGGAUAUGUGAAAUACUGGCAGUCCAACAUGAACAACGUCAAGAUGUUCCAGGCACAUAAGGAGGCGAUUAGAGAGGCCAGUUUCUCACCCACGGAUAAUAAAUUUGCUACAUGCUCUGACGACGGCACUGUUAGAAUCUGGGACUUUCUACGUUGCCAUGAGGAGAGAAUUCUUCGAGGGCAUGGGGCAGAUGUGAAGUGUGUUGACUGGCAUCCAACAAAGGGAUUGGUUGUAUCAGGAAGCAAAGACAGCCAACAGCCUAUCAAGUUUUGGGAUCCAAAAACUGGCCAGAGCCUUGCCACACUACACGCUCAUAAAAACACAGUGAUGGAGGUAAAGUUGAACCUGAAUGGGAAUUGGCUGCUUACAGCAUCUCGUGACCAUCUCUGCAAGCUCUUUGACAUCCGAAACCUGAAAGAAGAGCUCCAAGUCUUCAGGGGUCACAAGAAAGAGGCCACAGCUGUGGCCUGGCACCCUGUUCAUGAAGGGCUUUUUGCCAGUGGAGGUUCCGAUGGCUCUUUGUUGUUCUGGCAUGUUGGGGUGGAGAAGGAGGUUGGCGGAAUGGAAAUGGCCCAUGAGGGAAUGAUCUGGAGUCUGGCUUGGCAUCCUCUUGGACACAUUCUCUGCUCAGGCUCAAAUGACCAUACCAGCAAAUUCUGGACUCGAAAUCGGCCUGGAGAUAAAAUGAGAGAUCGUUACAACCUGAACCUGCUGCCAGGAAUGUCAGAGGAUGGCGUGGAAUAUGAUGACCUUGAACCCAACAGCCUUGCAGUGAUUCCUGGGAUGGGAAUACCUGAGCAACUGAAACUAGCCAUGGAACAAGAGCAGAUGGGGAAAGAUGAGUCAAAUGAAAUUGAGAUGACAAUCCCAGGGCUGGACUGGGGAAUGGAGGAGGUGAUGCAAAAGGACCAAAAGAAAGUGCCACAGAAAAAAGUGCCCUAUGCAAAACCAAUCCCAGCACAGUUUCAACAGGCUUGGAUGCAGAAUAAGGUCCCUAUCCCUGCUCCACCUGAGCUGAUGAAUGACAGAAAGGAGGAUAUUAAACUGGAGGAGAAAAAGAAAACACAGGCAGAGAUCGAGCAGGAAAUGGCAGCACUUCAGUACACCAACCCACAGCUCUUGGAGCAACUGAAGAUUGAGAGACUUGCACAAAAGCAAGCUGAGCAAGUCCAGCAGCAGGCACCACCUCCAGGAGGCCCUCUGCAUGGACCCCAGCCUUUCCCAGGACAAGGCCCAAUGUCGCAGAUGCCUCAAGGAUUUCAGCAGCCCAUUCCACCUCAGCAGAUGCCAAUGAAUAUGCCUCAAAUGGGACCCCCUGGUCCACAGGGACAGUUCAGACCUGGAGGACCCCAGGGACAAAUGGGACCCCAAGGUCCUCCAUUACAUCAAGGAUCUGGAGGUCCACAAGGCUUCAUGGGACCACAAGGACCUGCAGGUCCCCAGGGACCUCCGCAAGGACUGCCAAGGCCUCAGGAUCUACAUGGGCAUCAAGGAAUGCAGAGACAUCCUGGACCUCAUGGGCCCAUGGGGCCUCAAGGGCCACCGGGUCCACAGGGUAAUUCUGGCCCCCAAGGUCACUUAGGACCACAAGGUCCACCUGGGUCUCAGACUCAUUUAGGGCCGCAAGGUCACUUAGGUCCUCAAGGUCCCCCUGGUGGUCAAGGAAUGCAGGGGCCACCUGGUCCAAGAGGAAUGCAAGGGCCUCCUCUUCCUCAUGGAAUGCAAGGAGGUCCAGGAUCUCAAGGGAUGCAGGGCCCUAUAUCUCAAGGGCCUUUGAUGGGACUUAAUCCAAGAGGGAUGCAGGGUCCACCAGGGCCCCGUGAUAAUCAGGGACCUGCUCCACAAGGGAUGAUGAUGGGUCAUCCGCAAGAAAUGAGAGGACCUCACAUGCAGGGUGGUUUACUCGGACAUGGUCCCCAGGAGAUGAGGGGCCUACAGGGACCCCCACCUCAAGGUUCAAUGUUAGGACCUCCACAGGAGUUACGUGGGCCACCAGGUGCACAAGGCCAGCAGGGGCCUCCAAAGAACUCUUUAGUUGGGCCUCAAGGAAGUAUGCAAGGACCAUCGGGACCUCCGGGACAGCAGAAUCCUUCAAGGGGGUCACAUCCUCCCCAGGGUCCACUACCUUUCCAGCAGCAGAAAACCCCUCUGCUUGGUGAUGGGCCUCGUGUCCCAUUCAGUCAGGAAGGACAGAACCCAGGUCCCCCACCAUUGAUACCAGGACUGGGGCAGCAGGGAGGACAAGGCCGUCUUGCCCCUCACAACCAAGGACCUGGCCCUAAUAAAGGUGACAACCGUGGCCCACCAAACCAUCACAUGGGCCCUCUCUCAGAAAGAAGGCAUGACCAAAACAGUGGUGGUCCAGAUCAUGGUCCUGAGAGAGGGCCGUUCCGAGGUGGCCAGGAGUGGGGUGAUGGUAGGGACAACAGGGGCCUGCCUGAUAGACGAGGACCUCACCCAGAUUUUCAUGAUGACUUUGAUCGACCAGAUGAUUUUCAUCCAGAUAAGCGAUUUGGCCACCGCUUGCGUGAAUUUGAGGGGCGAGGCGGCCCACUGCUACAAGAUGAGAAAUGGAGACGAGGUGGCCCAGGGCCUCCCUUUCCCCCUGAUCACAGGGACUUUGAAGGAGGGGGCCCAAAUCGUGGCCCUCCUGGGCCUUGGGAAGGACGGAGACCCUCUGAUGAGAGAUAUCCGCGAGAACCUGAGGAUGCAAGAUUCCGGGGAAGACGGGAUGAAAGAUUUAUAAACUGGAAACCAAUAAGGAAAUGAAAACUCUAAUGUACCCGAGUAUAGAGUCCAUAAAAUCAUUCAGUAAUAGAAGAGAACUUGAAAAAGGUCAUUGCACACAACAGCUUCAGUGCCUGUAUACAGUAAGUAAAGAGAAGGGAGGAAAUCUGUAGAGAAGAUCGGGUGAUGCAGGCCGAAGAUUUGAGAUCAUAUUGACAAGAGUGAACAGGAAACUGGAAAGUCAGAGAUUUCCACACUGAAGCGACAAACUUUUGAACACUAGAUAUGGAAAUUGAUACUUUGCCUCCAAUCACAAACUACAGCAUGAGUAUAGAGUGUAUCUGAGUGAGAUGUAAUAUACAGUUAGGGAGCAGGAACAGUGAACCUACUAUCAAGUACAAGGGGCAUGGAUACGCCCUCUUUUGAACUGUCAAGACUAUUUUCUCAUGUUUUUGCUCUUAGGAGUCUUAUUUCGCUUUCUGACAUAUUUCUUUCUCACUACCAGGUGAAAAACACAAACAGAAAUAAUCUAGUUUCCUAGCAAUAGUCAUCUCAUCACUCACCAAGUUGCCCUGAGUAAACCUCAAAGGAAAAAGUUUUGCUUCUAGUUAAUCACUAAAUAUGGAAUAACUCCUUAAAAGUCUGUGAAGUUCACUGACAUUGAAGUUACUCCACAUUUACACUAGUAUAAUUGAGAGCAGAAUUUGGCUUCUCAGGGUUUAAACCUCUCAUUAACCUACUGCAUAUGUAUAUAUACACAUAUAUAUAUUUGUAAAAACUUAUUGUUGUCUUCACAUAAUGUACAAUCCUCUCUUUUAGUUGGCUUUUUAAAUAAUUUUCUUAGAUUCCUUUUACUUUACACCUAUACAGCUCUCCUUUUAGCUACUUGCUACCUAACUUGUAAGAUGUACCUUCCUAUUGUGUGAGGAGUAUGAAAAGAAAUGAACAAUAACUAAACAAAGGUAACCUCUGAACACCUUUAAAAAUAAAUUAGAGUAACUAAAAACAGAGAACUCCAGAGCUGAAUGGUCUGAAUCACAGAAUUCUGAAAGAGAUGGCAAACUAAAUUAAACUAUAGUUGUAGCUGGGGGGUUUUAACCCUUUGUUGGAAGUAAGGGUCGGGGACUGAGAACAAGCUAAUGUGUCAUUCUGAUUUUAAAAAGGCCUCAAGAGAAGAGUCCAGGAAACUGCAGACCUGUAAGUUUGACCUUUGAAGUGGGAAAGAUUCUAUUGUCACAGUACCAGGGAUCAAAAUAAGAGAACAUUUUUACAGUUGGUUAGAGGCAAUCAUCAUAGAACUGUAAGAAGUAUUAUGAUUAGCAAACUUAAAUUAUUUGAGCAAGUGAAGAGGUGAAAUAGACAUUAAAUACUGGAGAUUUUAUGGGGUGAUCCCAAGAAUUCCAAACCACUCAUUCCAUUUAGUUUUGAGUUUAAACACCAUAACUGGUUUGAUUAUGCAUGAGUGGUAUGUAUGUGUUUAUCUCUCUCUCUGGUUUCCUGUCCUUUCAUCCCUGUCCUGUUUCUACUCCACUUGUGCACAUCAACAUGAUGCUUCUGCUGCAGAGACCUGCCUAUUUUUUUCCUGUUAUUCUGCACAGUGUGUAGUUCUGUAAAUUAAGUUCCUAUGUCUCAUGAAAGAGGAUUUGAGACUUGUCAAACAGAAACUGAGCACUACACCAGUCAGAGUUUCAUAUGUGACUGUGAUUUGAAAAAGGGUAUUUAUGAGCCCAAAUUAGGGGCUAUGACUGUGUCCAGCAUAGUGGUGAUAGAACUCCAAACUGAAUUCUUUGGCCAUUAAAUUGCUUGAAAAACAGGAAGUAAGGCAUUGAUCCUGGCUGUCAUAGGACCUUGUCUUGUGAUCAUAAGAUCUCACAAGCUAAACAGCUUCAGACAACCUAGUCAGUAUUUAAAUGGGAGACCCUCUAAAGAACACGUAGGAUUGGUCUACAUUAGAGAACUGUGCUGUUCCAAGGUUAAAUAGUAUUGCUAAGUGUUAUGGAACCAUUUGUUCCUGAAACUGUUCAGUUUGUCUGCCCUAAUAAUCUAAAUUACUGUAAAAUGGUUCAUUGUCCAUGCACAGCACUCCCUUCAACCACUGCUGUACCACUCCAGGCACAGCUUCCUCAUCUCUGUAUUGUGUUUGUCUUUUCCAGGAGGUGGAGAUCUAUUGUGUUAAUUUAAAAAAAAUGUAUCACCAAGUUUAAAAAUAUUGUAUUGUGUUAUGACUACUGUUACAAAUAUUUAAAUUUGUAAUUAUAAGGUUACUGUUGUUAAAAUCCUAAAUAAAAGUAUUUAAAGCUUUGC